UGUUCAAUUUUCAUUCAAAGUCUCUCCAAAAUAGUCUCAGCGCCGGAGAAAGCGAUGUUCAGAAUCAAAAUUCUAAGAAGCACAGUCUCUCGAUCUCACCUACAAAAGUUUCCUCGAACAUCUUCUCUCUUCUCCACAUGGUACUCUCCAGAAUCUCUCUCUGAUCCACUAGUGCACGACGACGACGACAAUGAAAACCCAAUUCUCGUCAAACUCUCAGCUGCCAUCAGAGACUCAAACUCUUCGUUUACGUCAUGCCCCUCGAUCAGGAACCUCCUUCCAUCUCUCACCGCUCGUCACGUCGUCGAUCUCAUCGACCGCAACCCUCUCUCCCUCCCGCACCAAUCCAUCUUCGCUUUCUUCAAAUUCAUCUCAUCCCAGCCUGGAUUCCGGUUUACGAUCGACUCCUACUUCGCCAUGGCUCGGUUCCUAGCUGUCCACAAGAUGUUCGACGAAGCACAGUCUCUCGUCUCGCUCGUCGUCUCUUGGAAAGGGAAAAACUCAGCUUCCUCCGUCUUCACUGCUUUGUUAGAAACGAGAGGAAGCGAUUUCAUUGUCGAUGCGUUGAUGAUCGCGUACACAAACGUAGGGUUCGUACCCGAUGCGGUUCAGUGCUUUAGGCUAUCUCGGAAGCAUAGGUUUGUAGUUCCGAUUCGUGGAUGUGGCAGCUUGCUUGAUCGGAUGAUGAAGGUGAAUCCGACAGAGACUGUUUGGGGUUUCUAUAUGGAGAUUUUGGAUGCUGGGUAUCCCUCGAAUGUCUACGUUUUCAAUAUCUUGAUGAACAAGUUUUGUAAAGAAGGCAAAAUGUGUGAUGCGCAGAAGGUGUUCGACGAAAUUACUAAAAGGAGUUUGCGGCCUACGGUGGUUAGUUUCAACACUUUGAUUAAUGGGUAUUGUAAAGCCGGAGACUUGGAUGAAGGGUUUAGGCUCAAAGAGCGUAUGGUGAAGAGCAGAACACGGGGUGAUGUUUUCACCUACAGUGCCUUGAUUAAUGCGUUGUGUAAGGAGAAUAGAAUGGAUGGAGCUCAUGGGUUGUUUGACGAGAUGUGUGAGAGAGGGUUGAUCCCGAACGAUGUUAUUUUCACUACUUUGAUUCAUGGUCAUAGUAGGAAUGGUCGGAUUGACUUGAUGAAAGAAAGUUACCAGAAGAUGUUAAGUAGAGGUCUUCAGCCUGAUAUUGUGCUAUAUAAUACUUUGGUAAACGGCUUUUGCAAGAACGGGGAUUUGGUGGCUGCAAGGAACGUUGUUGAUGGAAUGAUCCACAGAGGUCUCAGGCCUGACAAAGUUACGUACACAACUCUUAUUGACGGGUUUUGUAGAGGAGGAGAUGCAGAUGCAGCUCUGGAGAUAAGGAAGAAAAUGGAUCAGAAUGGGAUAGAACUCGAUAGGGUGGGUUUCUCAGCUCUUAUUUGUGGAAUGUGCAAAGAAGGAAGGGUGUUCGAUGCUGAAAGAGCUUUGAGGGAAAUGCUGCGAGCUGGUAUGAAGCCGGAUGAUGUUAUCUAUACAAUGAUGAUGGAUGCAUCUUGUAAAAAGGGUGAUGUUCAAACCGGUUUCAAAUUGCUUAAAGAAAUGCAGAGCGAUGGGCAUGUUCCUAGUGUUGUGACGUAUAAUGUUCUGUUGAAUGGACUAUGCAAAUUGGGACAGAUGAAGAAUGCUGACAUGUUGCUAGAUGCCAUGCUUAAUAUAGGGGUUGCUCCGGACGACAUCACAUACAACAUCCUAUUAGAAGGUCACCAUAGACAUGCACAUUCAUUGAAACAUUAUAUACCGAAACCAGAGAUAGGGACUGUUGCUGACUUGGCCUCUUACAAGUCACUAGUCAGUGAGCUCUAUAGAGCUUCAAAAGAACACCGAAACAGAUGACACCUAACUGUUUGUUUCUGGAUAUACGAGCUAACUACCAGAGGUUGUUUUCUUCAUCAUAGGAACAGUAUGGACAAAACUGAAGCCCUCUCAUCUUUUGCUGCAUUGUGAUAAAGUUAACUGGUUCAGCGGGGCAUGACUUUUAAGAAGGGAAAACGACGAAGAAACCUGAAAACUGUCGUAGCAUAUAUAUUUAAGGGUUAUGAGUAAGGUACCUUUGUUCGCCUAACGGCAAUCCCAUCUUGUCCGAAACAGACUCUAAAGCUUCCUUCCAUUUCUUGAUCUGUUCCCCACUUGAAGUCUUAGCUAACCUCCAGAAGUUGCGACCGAACUCUGCCUUUUGGUAUCUCACGGAUGCGGCCUUCACCUUGAAGAAGAUGGGUAUCACUUGUAGUUUGCGUUGAUCGGCUCUUUUCUUUAUUUUCGCUAGCUCGUUAAGGCACCAGCGUGACUCUGCGUACCUUCUUGAGAAUAUAGUUAGAGCUAUUGUCGACUGCUUGAUCCUUGCAAAGAGAUGUUUCCGGUCUUUUCCCUUCUGUUCAUCUUUGUCUAUGAAGAAGUUGAUUCCAUGUCUUUUGAAUGCGUCAACAAGGUGGCUCACGAAGCUGCAGCGUAGCUCCUCUCCCCUGAAGUUGAUGAAUACUUGGUUAUUGUUAUGGAUGUGGAGGGGGGCAGAUAAGGUAUCCUUUGCUGAGAUAUUGCUAUUGCUCUUUUUCAUGUUGGUUAAUCUGUAGUUUGAAUGUGGGCAAUGAAAAUAUGAUUUGGCUGGUUCGCUCAAGUGCACUACUGCAUGCUUUCUAUUGCCACGCUUGAGUUAUGUAUUUAUAGCCUUAGUGUGGUUCAAGUAAUAGAGGAUAUAGUAUAUAUAUAA